AUGGCCGGGGCCGCAGCCAGCCCUCCAGAGGUGGUCCGCGCCGCGCAGAAGGACGACUAUUACCGCGGCGGGCUGCGAAGCGCAGCCAGCGGCGCCUUGCACAGCUUGGCGGGUGCAAGGAAGUGGCUGGAAUGGAGGAAAGAGAUUGAGCUGCUCUCUAACCUAGCCUAUUUUAGCCUCACCACCCUGGCAGGCUACCAGACCCUUGGAGAGGAGUAUGUGGGCCUAGUCCAGGUGGACCCGUCCCGACGCCGGGUACCCUCGUGGCUCCGCCGCAGUGUGCUCAUCGUGCUGCACACCGGCCUGCCCUAUGUGCUGGACAAGGCACUGCUCCACCUGGAGCAUGAGCUACAGGCUGAUGGCAGCAUGGGGUCAGGUGCACGCAGCCGGGCAGGCAUGCGACUCUGGGUGCACCGGCACAUAGCCCGCCUCAGUGAGCCGCAGCGGAAGGCACUCCUGCAGGCACUGCACGUCUUCUCGUGGGGCCUCACCUGCCUACGGCGGCUGCAUAUCGCCUGGUUCUACAUCAGCGGUGCCUUCUACCACUUGGCCAAGAGGCUCACAGACAUCACUUAUCUCCGUACCCACCACCCACCUGGAGAUGAGCUCAGGGCUCGUGCCACCUAUAAGGUGCUGGGGGCCAUCUCCCUGCUACAUCUAGUGCUCUCCAUUGGGGUCCAGCUGUACAGCUUCAAGCAGAGGCAGCGGGCAAGGAAGGAGUGGAGGCUGCACCGUCGCCUGUCAUGCCGCAGGAGCCAUGUGGAGGAGCGAACUACUGCCAAAGGCCCCCUGUGUACACUGUGCCUGGAGGAGCGCCGGCACACAACGGUCACACCCUGUGGGCACCUCUUCUGCUGGGAGUGCAUCACUGAAUGGUGCAACACCAAGACGGAGUGCCCUCUCUGCAGGGAGAAGUUCCCACCCCAGAAGCUGGUUUACUUGCGGCACUACCGCUAG